UGGGAGGGGCCGCUGCUGAUGUUGUUUACAGUUGCAGGUUGCAAUAUUAACUUUCACGCAGGUAUCAUGGCGGGGACGUCACGACAUGAUCGGGAGAUGGCAGUGAACGCCAAAAAACAGCUAUCUGUGUGCACAGACCCUGUGGAAAGCUUGAGGUUGCAGUGUCUUGCAAGAGGCUCUUCUGGCAUCAAGGGUCUGGGCAGAACAUUCAAGAUAAUGGAUGAUGACAAUAACCGUACAUUAGAUAUGAAGGAGUUUAUCAAGGGCCUUAAUGACUAUGGUGUCCUCAUCGAGAAAGAGGAAGCCGUGGCAAUGUUUCAGCGUUUUGACCGGGACAACAGUGGAUUCAUCGACUUCGAUGAAUUUCUCCUCACUCUCAGGCCUCCAAUGUCCAAUGCCAGGAAGGAGGUGAUCACGCAGGCCUUUAGGAAGCUGGAUAAGACUAAUGACGGGGUGAUCACUAUUGAAGAUCUAAGAGGGGUUUACAAUGUCAAGUACCACCCCAAAUAUCAAAACGGGGAAUGGACAGAGGAGCAAGUAUUCCUCAAAUUCCUGGACAGCUUCGACUCUCCUUACGACAAGGACGGACAGGUCACCAAGGAGGAGUUUCUCAACUACUACUGCGGAGUCAGCGCCUCCAUCGAUAGUGAUGUCUAUUUCAUUCUCAUGAUGAAAAAUGCAUGGAAAUUAUGAGUUUUAAGCUGAUACAUUUAUGAUAAUGAUUUUUAAUGGACAGUUCUUCAAGGUGCUUUCUUAAACUAAUAUUUUGUUAUGGAAAUCAUGUUGACAAACUAAUAUUUAUAAUUUUCCAAUGAUAUGCAAAUGGUUAUGAAUGACUUGUUUAUAUUUUGUGCAAUGUUAAAAUAUGUAUUUCAGUUAGUCACUCUCUCCACAAGCUAACUAACAACAUCUAGCUAUACAGUGGGGCAAAAAAGUAUUUAGUCAGCCACUAAUUGUGCAAGAUCUCCCACUUAAAAAGAUGAGACGGGCCUGUAAUUUUCAU